UCGUGGCUCGGCUUCCGGAGUCAUCGCUCGUGUGUUCCGCGUGGUAGCCGCCGCUUCUAGGGUCGUUGUCUCUGCCCCUACCGCCUAGUAAUGGCUGCCAGCACGUCUUCGUCGCCCCCCGCAUCGCUAGCCCCAGCCCGGGCCCCGGCCCCAGCCGCAGCUCCGGGCAAGAACCCGUUAAUGGGGGGCUGCCUGAGCUGCCGGCUCUUAUCGGGAGUGGGGCUGCUGGGGGCGGGCGGCUACGUGUACUGGACAGCGCGGCGGCCCCUGAAGCUUGGCUGUGCCCCCAGCCCGGGUACCAUCUUCCAGAUGGUCGUUGGCAUCAGCAUUGCGUGUUGGGGGGUAGUCAUAUUGGUGGACCCUGUAGGAAAAGCCCAUCCCAUAGAAUCAAAGAAGCAGUGAUGGUGAUGAUGUUGAUGAAAUGGGCAGCUUCUACCACCCAGCCCCCCACCCAGCCACUUCAAUGGACUACACAGAACAGGAGGAUAGAAGCAAGAGAAUCACAGAUGUUCCAGGUUCCAGGAUGGAGUGUUCCUGCCUCAGAUCUGUAGAUGCCUGCAGGGGAAAUGGAUGAAGCAUGGUUUCCUAUUUCUUUUUAACCAAGCCUGCCCUUCCCUUCACAACUGUGAAUAAAUUUCUCUGAGAACAGAA